AUGGCGGCGGCGGGCGGGGGCCGGCGGGCGCUGCUCCCGCUCCCGGUGCCGCUCCCGGUGCCGCUCCCGGUGCUACUCCCGGUACUGCUGGCGGCCGCCGCCACGGCGCGGCUGUACCGGCCCGGACACGACCCGCUGACCGUGCUGACGGCCGGCUCCGUGCGGCCGGCGCUGCUCAACUCCUCGGCCGCCUGGGUGGUGCAGUUCUACAGCUCGUCCUGCGGCCACUGCAUCGCCUUCGCGCCCACCUGGCGAGCGCUGGCGGGGGACGUCAAAGACUGGGAAUCUGCAAUUAGAGUUGGAGUGCUGGACUGUGGGGAAGAAGGGAACUAUGAGACGUGCAAAGAAUAUGGGAUUCACUAUUACCCAACUCUUAGGUACUUCAAAGCAUUUACAAAGCAGUUCACAACUGGAGAAAAUUACCAAGCAGGAGGAGAUCGAGAGCUGCAAACACUUCGUCAGAUGAUGAUUGAUUUCCUGCAGAACCAUUCCCAGGAGCUGAGACCUCCUGCUGGCCCACCACUGGAUCCAGUGCUGUCCAGUGAUCUCCCAUCUCUUUUUGACAAGAACAGCCACCACUACACAGCCAUUGUGUUUGAGAGCAACAGCUCCUACGUGGGCCGAGAGGUUAUCUUAGACUUGGUCCAGUAUGAAAACAUCGUGGUGAGGAGAGCACUGAAUUUUGAUAAAGCUUUCCUGGAGAAGCUGGGGGUCACCUCAGUCCCCUCAUGCUACCUGAUACAGCCCAAUGGCAGCCAUGGAUUAAUUAACAAUUUGAAGCCUCUACGGUCUUUCUUCUCUUCAUAUUUAAAGUCUCUGCCAGGUGUAAGGAAAAAACUCCUUUUGCCACUGCAGCUGCCUGCUCCAGAAAACAAGGAGGAGAGCACAGAAGUCAAGGUGUGGAAGGAGUUUGAUAAGUCCAGGCUCUACAUGGCUGACCUUGAGUCAGGAUUGCAUUUCCUGCUCCGGGUGGAGCUGGCCACGCACAAGGCACUCGAGGGAGCUGAGCUGAAAACCUUCAAGGACUUUGUCACCAUCUCUGCCAAGCUUUUUCCUGGCCGUCAGCCUGUGGUGAAGUUGUUAGAGACCUUGCAGGAGUGGCUGGUGAGCCUUCCAUUAGACAAAAUCCCUUAUGAUGCUAUCCUGGAUCUGGUCAACAACAAAAUGCGGAUUUCUGGGAUAUUUCUCCCCAGGAAAGUGCAGUGGGUUGGCUGCCAGGGCAGCAGACCAGAGCUGAGGGGCUACAGCUGCUCCCUCUGGAAGCUGUUCCAUACCCUCACUGUUCAGGCUGCACUGAGACCAAAAGCUUUGGUAAACACAGGCCUUGAGGACAGCCCCCAAAUCGUGCUGCAGGUGAUGAGGAGAUACAUCCAGCACUUCUUUGGCUGCAAGGCUUGUGCCCAGCACUUUGAGGAGAUGGCCAAAGAAUCCAUGGAUUCUGUGAAAAGCUUGGACCAGGCUGUUCUGUGGCUCUGGGAGAAGCACAACGUGGUCAACAACAGGCUGGCAGGUGAUUUGACCGAAGAUCCAAAAUUCCCCAAAGUUCAGUGGCCAACUCCAGACAUCUGUCCUGCGUGUCAUGAAGAGGUCAAAGGGCUGCACAGCUGGAAUGAAGACCAAGUCCUGCAAUUCCUGAAAUCCCACUACAGCAGUGACAAUAUCCUCUAUAAAUACACCCAGAGCCAGACUGACCCCAGUGACAACGAGCAGGGAGACACAAGAGAGGGGAAAGACACAAACCUGCAGAAGAACUCAGGGGGAAAUGGAGAAAAGCAGCUCCAGGAUAAGGAGAACCCAGGGGAUCCAGGCUCCAAGGUGUUGGAGAAGCCAGUGGGAAAUCCUGGAGCUGUCCAAGGUAGCGGCAAAAACGCAGCUGCAUCCGUGAGCCUCAAAGGGACCAGGCAGGCUGUGUCCUUCCUGGGGAUUGGAUUUUCCAACCUAGACAUGAGUCUGUGUGUCAUCCUCUAUGUGGCAUCAUCCUUGUUUUUAAUGAUCAUGUACUUUUUUUUCCGGGUGAGGUCCAAGCGCUGGAAAGUGAAGUCUCACCGUUCCUCGGUGUAGGAGUUCUCGCUGUUCGUGGCUGUUGGGUCCCAGACACAGCUUUAAUAUUUAUGAUCAGGGAUUUUAUAUGCAGUAUUCCUUGGGUCAGACCCCUUUCUUCCCAAGGCAUUUCCCAGGUGUUCAGCUGAACAAGUGGAGCUGGCCUUGAGAUCCCCAGGCUUUGCCCAAGGCCACGUCCAUGUCCUCACCUGGGAGCGUUGCAUUUGGCAGUUAAGGUUUUUCCAUGACUUCCCACCAACAUCCUUUACUCAUUUCCAGAGUAAACAUUGCAUUAUGCAAUCCGCUGUGCCUGCUGGAGAAGGAAAUUGGAUAUUGUUUUGUGUAUUUUCAAGUCAGGUGUUUGGGUUUUUUUUAAUUCAUCCAGAGCUGACUUCACCUCCCCGAGUGCUGAAUGGUACCUUGGCUGCUUCACUGGGAGAAGCAGGAAUUCUGAUGUUUCUUUUCAGGAAACAUGAGUUCUCUUCUGAUUAAAUCAAUUCUAAACCUCUGUGACUUUCUGUAAUGUUAUUUACAUAUUUAAAGUAGGAAGCAUUUAAUGUUCAAAUCAUUCAUCCAUUCUCUGGUGCAUUCCAGCCAAGGAUAUGUGUGUGUCAUCACUAGGAUGAGAGUUUUGGGGCACAAUUAGCAGCCUGAUGCUGAUUGCUAAGUAAUUAUGGUAUUAUCCAGGUGGAAACCAAUCAUGAUGAACUCUAGGAAAGGAAAACUGUUUUUAGUGAAGGACAGCAAGGUUUGUGUUACCGUGGCAGAACAGGUUGGAAAAUCUACAAAUACUGAGUUUCUUCUGUUGAAUUUCUCCUGAGUUUCUUCUGUUGAAUUUCUCCAUCACAAGAGAACAAUUAACACUUCCCUUGGUAUUUCCACCCAGAGCUGCCGUGUUCUGGGAUGUCCAGUUCCCUCUAGAGCUCAGUGUGGGUACUUGGAGCAGCAGUGAGAAGAAAUCAUGAAAACAUUUCAAAAUCAUCCUUGGGAGUAGGAGUUGCAGUGAUGCUGGCUGGGGGGGAUAAUUCACGUCCUGGAUAGUGAAGUUUAUAAUCCUAUCCAAUGUAAUUGAGCAUGUUCUAGUUAUCCAUUACCUAAUCUUUAGUUAAUCCUAAUAGGUUUUGGCCUCAAUGUUUUCUCGUGGCAGUGAGUUCUCCAGAUUAAUUAUGUUAUAUAAAAGGGCUUUUCCUUUCAAUUCUACAUUUGCAACUUUUAAUUUAAUUGAAUGUUUGCUGGCUCCUCUGUUACACGAGAAGGAAUAAGGAGUCCCUGGCCAAUUCCCUGGAUUUAUACCAUUGGUGUGUCCUCCUCUGAGGAGAAAGAGAAAAGUUCAGAAAGUUUGAAGCCUGGCAACAAAAAAGCACCAAAACUCCACAGGUUAUUUUCUCACAAUCAAACACUGGCUGUUAACAAAACUGAGUAUUUCUGAGGUGUCUCUGCAGCUUCCAGCUGGAAUGGCAGAACUGAGCUGCAAAGAUUCACUGCCCCUUGUAGCUGAAGUUUAUCACAGUAACACUACAGCUCCACAUGGAGGAAAAGCUUUCUGGGGCUGCUGUGAGCAGAGGCAGAAAUCUCAGUUCCCAUGACCCUGUCAGUCCAGCAUUCCUGCAGAGGGGCUGGGUCUGUGCCCUGAGGACCCUCAGAAUUCCAGAGUUCUGGCAGAAGGAACCAUCCUGGGUCUUUCCUCUUGGCCCUUUGUAAUUCAUGGAGCUUUCUUUGCUCUUGGAUGUUUUCAAACAGGAAGUAUUAAAAUAAAAGGAGUAGGAUGUACCAGGAGAGACAAAAGCUGCAAGUGCUAAAGAAACCUGAUGAAGUUAUUUGUGAGAACUCCUAAUUUUCUGUUUCCAGCAGUGCAUCCACCCUGCUGUUCCUGCACAGAACUGGAUGGGAACAAAGGUCCCAGGUGUGGUGUUGCACACGAGGUGUUGAAAACAGUGACAAUACCAUUUCAGUAAUUUAAAUGUUCUAUUUAUUUGAAGUCAAUAACUUGACAUUUCCAAGUCUGUUCUGGUUGGGUUGGGUUUUUACUGUCUCAUUCCUCUCUUGGAAGGAAAAGUGACUGUUUUGUACUAAAUUGUAAAUUAAUGUGCUUGUUUAAAAUAAACUGCAAACGUUUGGGCAAA